UCCGCACUCGCUACUACGGGCGCAGUACGCGCAAGUGUGUCAUAGCAUUACUAUAAAUUAUAACUUUAUAACACAUACACACUCACAUCACCAAACAAAUAUCACGUAGAAAUCAAGUGGUGCAACGGUGGGCCAUUCGAUAGAGCCUUGUGUUUAUUUGCAUAUAAACGACACAAUAUUUCGAUUAAUUUCAAAGGCAAUCGAGUUAACGACCGAAAAACGUUUUAUACUUGGGCUCAAUUGUUGAGCCAUUAAAUUCAUUAUAUACAGUGUUUGUACCUAUUUUGUAGAUUCUCCACAAAAUCUUAGGAAAUGGAAUUCAAAUUCGACAUAAAAGAUUUAGCUGAAGAAGGGAUUGUGAAAAUCGAUCAUACCCUUACACCUUUUGGGAGCGAAGACGAUGGAAACUUACAAAAGAGAGUUGCAAUGAUUGUUGAUGAAAUGGGCAAAGCAUCUGCAAGAGCUCAAGAUUUGAAAAUGCCUAUAACAACAGCUGAAAAAUUAUCAAAAUCUGAUCAUACAAUAUAUUUGUUUUCGGAACAGACCAACGAAGAAAAGUGUGUUGUUGUUGGAAUUUUGAAAAUGGGCUGGAAAAAAUUGUACCUUUUUGAUAAAAAAGGUUCACGUUCUGAAGCUAUGGUGUACUGUCUUCUUGAUUUUUAUAUUCAUGAAACAAGACAACGUCAAGGAUAUGGAAAUAAAUUAUUUGAGCACAUGUUAAAAGAUAAUGAAUUAGAAGCAAAACAUAUAGCUAUUGAUAAACCUUCGAAAAAGAUGUUACAAUUUAUGCAAAAACAUUAUUCUCUAAAGAAGUUAGUCGACCAAGGGAACAAUUUUGUCAUUUUUGAAGAAUUUUUUGAUACUCCUGGAUUUAUGCAUUUACAAGAUAAAUUUGAUAGUACUCAUGGAUACAGAAACAAGCCAACUUAUGGACGUCACGCUGCUAAUAAACAUGGGGACUCCAUGUCUGAUAUAUUACACGGGGCUGGUAGUGCUACUCGAUUAAAUGACAAAUAUGUCGCAAAUGCUGAUAUUAUCAAUAACAAAUUCAAGGAUAACAAACCAAAUCUUGUCACAGUUCUUCCCUCCGAAAAAGGUGUAAGUGAUAUUGUUAAUGGAAAAAAAGGCGCUCCACCUAAAUUGGAUCUCAAAUUUCAUCAUUCGCAUUUAUGGUAAAACGGUUUUAUGAACUAUCAGGUAUUGUUUUAAAAUUUAAAAAUUAAAUUUUAAAAAUCUAUUGCUUUUAAUCAGUUAUUUUAAUUAUUAUCUUAUAAAACGAAGAGCUUUUUAAAUUUUUAUAAAAUUAUUUGCAACAACUUGAACAUAUAAGGAUGUUAAUUAUUUAACACGUAUUGAAAAAGAAAACUUAUGAAGUAUUUAAGUAUACAGAUUAUUUGAUGAACACCAUUCAUUUUGUAUUACAUAAAUAUUAUAAUUUAACAGUAUUAC